UGAAAAUGAGCUGAUUGUUGUUUUUAAAAUCUUUAUUUAUAAACAGACAUCCUCUGCAAUUGCUCUGUUCUUGCCUCCCAAUCCCAUUCUCCUUCUUCUUUGGCUUCUUUUAUUCUUUUUUCCUCUUUGAUCAUAUUAAAGCUCUGCCUAUAACAUAGAUUAAAUCACCUGCACCCACUAUCUUUGAUCUUUUUAUGCGUGCUCUGCAUAAAGAUUACAUCCCCGGAAAUAAUUAAAUAAAUUUGUCUCCAGGGUUUUUCAAGAAUCAGGGUUCUUUUUUUCUUGUUCUUUGUUCUCUUGUUGUUUCAACCAAAUUUGGUAAACUAAAACCAAAAAGAUUUUCUUGCAUCAAUGAAGUUUUUUUAUGUUUUAGCUUCUUGAUAUAUGAUUAUGGAAAUUUUUCAUUUUUUUGCCAAGAAAAUCUUUGGUGGGCGUUACUGUCAAGGUUACCAAAUUACCAUGCAAAGAGAAUUUAGUACUACUAUUUAGAUUCCUGAAUUUGCAGCCUAUAAACAAAAUCCAAUUCUUGAUUUUUGUCUGAAAACAUGGAAAUGGAAAGAAACCAAUUUUUAGAAAUGCAAGAACCGAGCAUAGACACGGAUAAACUCAGCUACGAAAUCUUUUCAAUUCUUGAAAGCAAAUUUCUCUUCGGCUACGACGAUCAAAAGCUCUGGAUCCCUAAACAAAUCUCUCCGCCGCCAGAUAAUCAGAAAACCGACAAUCUUUUAUCUCAAUCACCUCUCCCCACCGCCGCGGCGGUGGCAACAAACGCCAACAGUCUGUCAGCAAUCAAGAACCAGCGCGGUAAAAUCUGCAUACUUUCUAUAGACAGCGGCGGUAUGAAAGGUAUUCUGUCAGGAAAAGCUCUGGCUUAUCUUGAAGACGCGCUUAAACGAAAAUCCGGCAAUCCUGACGCUAGAAUUGCUGAUUAUUUCGACGUGGCGGCGGGGACCGGCAUCGGCGGGAUAUUCACGGCCAUGCUUUUUGGAACUAAAGAUCAUAACCGUCCGUUGAAGAAAGCUGAUGAUACGUGGCGGUUUUUAGCUGAUCAUGGUAAGAAAAUUUACCGUUCUGGAAAAAACAGUGGUUUUAAGCGGUUGUUUAAAGGCGGUUCUGGUUUAACCGCCGCUACCUCCGGUUUAGAAAAGGCUAUGAAAGAAACGUUUCAAGUUAAAGAUAAGAGUUUAACCUUAAAAGAUACGUUAAAACCGGUUUUGAUACCGUGUUAUGAUCUUUCAAGUACGGCGCCGUUUUUAUUCUCGAGAGCUGACGCUUUAGAAACGGAGAGUUUUGAUUUCCGGUUAUGGGAGGUUUGCCGGGCGACAUCAGCUGAACCGGGUUUAUUCCAACCGGUUCAAAUGCGGUCAGUUGAUGGUCAAACCAAGUGUUUAGCCGUUGACGGCGGUUUGGCUAUGAGUAACCCAACGGCUGCAGCAAUAACUCAUGUGUUGCAUAAUAAGCAAGAGUUUCCAUUUGUGAGAGGUGUGGAGGAUUUGUUAGUGUUAUCAUUAGGAACCGGUCAGCUUCUCGAGGUUAAGUAUGAGUUCGAUGAGGUUAAAAAUUGGCGGGCUAAACAUUGGGCUAGACCGAUGGCUCGAAUAUCGGGUGACGGCUCGGCUGAUGCAGUGGACCAGGCUGUAGCAAUGGCAUUUGGUCAGUGUAAGAGCAGUAACUAUGUGAGAGUUCAGGCAAAUGGGUCCAGUUUAGGGAGGUGUGGAGCAAAUGUGGACACAGACUCUGGUCCAAAAAAUGUGAAGAAAUUGAUUGGAAUAGCAGAGGAGAUGUUGAAGCAGAAAAAUGUGGAAUCUGUUCUGUUUGGUGGGAAAAGAAUUGGGGAAGAAACUAAUUUUGAGAAAUUAGAUUGGUUUGCUGCUGAGCUUGUGCUUGAACAUCAGAGGAGGAGCUGCAGAAUUGCUCCCACUGUUGCUUUCAAGCAAUCAAAUCCUGCUAAUAAUACCACCUUGUGAACAUCUAUGAAUCUACCCCAAUCAGAAAAAAGAAGGGUACAAAUAUAUUGAUGUAUAAAUAUAUUUAAUUACAAGAAAGUAAAAGAGAAUCAAAUUACAAAUAGCAAGCUUUUACUUAUGAAAGUGAAGAUUAAUAGCAAAAGUUGAAGACAAAUGAAGAAAAAAGACAAAGUAAAAGAUAAAAGAAAAGGUAGAAGAUCUUAGUGGGAUACUUUGCCUACCAGACAACAAACAUUGUGGUGUCCACUCUAUCUUUUUUACAAUGCCAAUGAAGCAAGAAAGAAGAUAGAAGAUUUUUGAAAGUCAAAACAAGUAUUAUGUGUGAAUCUUUUAUUGUAAAUUAAGAAUUUUUAGGGUUUUGAAAAGAAACUUGUUUAUUAUUCUAAUUUUUGCUCUUUUUUAA